GGCCGCACUGCUUGACGGCGGCAGUGACCGCCCUCCGGCCGGCGUUGCCGGGGUAACGACAAGCGCGUGAGGCUGAGGAAGCUAUCCUUGAGAAAUGGCAGAAGCAGUUUUCCGUGCCCCAAAGCGGAAAAGAAGAGUGUAUGAGAGUAAUGAAUCUCCACUGCCCAUCCCUUUUGGUCAGGACUAUGGGCCAAAGCAAGACUUCAAAGUGUUCACAGCAGAGAUGAUAAACAACAAUGUAAUUGUGAGGAAUGCAGAAGAUAUGGAGCAGCUCUAUGGGAAAGGUUAUUUUGGAAAAGGUAUCCUGUCUAGAAGCCGUCCAAACUUCACAAUUUCAGAUCCUAAGCUCAUUGCUAAGUGGAAAGGUAAAUUUGUGCCUCAUUCAGUUAACUUUUGGCAAAUUAUUUUCUUUCAUCUUUGAUCUUUUUUUUUUUUA